AUGCAAAAGGCUUCGCCAUCACGUCUUCCAUCUGGAAAAUGGUCGGCUCCUGCAGCGAUUGGUGUAGGCGGUUUUGGCGGAGGCUUCAAUGCUGGAGCCGAAAUGGUGGACUUUCUGAUUGUGCUUAACACCACGGCGGCUGUGCGAACAUUCAUGGCAUCUGGAUCCCUGCAACUAGGUGGAAACCUAAGUUUGGCUGUGGGACCCCUGGGCCGGACGGGCGAAGCGGGGGCAUCCAUUAAUGGUGAUAUGCAGCUUGCAGCCAUGUUUACGUAUUGUGUGUCCCGCGGUCUGUAUGGUGGCAUCACUAUUGAGGGAACACUACUGGGUGAUCGCCCUGACACGAAUGAGCGUACCUAUGGUCGCAGCUAUACAGCUGCAGAAAUUUUGUCAGGACAAGUGGAUGUGCCCAAAUGUGCAAUACCUCUGGUUGCGCGACUGGAGGAGAUUACAAGCUUUGAGCCGUUUGAAUCUUCCAUAUACGAUGGGCCUAGGGAAUAUCUUGAUCCUACCAUGGACUAUGUGCGCCGGCCUGAACAACGGAGACGUCCGCCACCGCCAGGAACCAAGGCGGAGCCAUUAGAUUCUUCACUUGAGGAUGACCACGGGCCAUUUUCACCUCCUCCCUACAGCUCACUACAGAAUAGCACCAAUGCUCCAAAUAUGUCGAGCAGACUCAACUCAGUCGGUAAGGGUUCCAGCUGUGCGGGCGAAUUCGAUAAUGAAGAUCCUUUUAGUGACUCACAAGGGUCUCAAUACGAUCCCAACAUGCUUUCUUACGAGCCAAGAUCUAAGCUUGGCUCUCGCCGAACUAUGGCGCAGACGUCGGCCUCUACUCUCCCGAAACUGGACCAAUCCCAGUUCCAUUCUUCAAAUGCAUACGGUCUGGAUAACAGUUUUGAUGCCGACUUUGACGCUCCUUUAUCGGAGCCUACACAGCCCAACGCAAGUCGUCCACCCGCAACUGGUCUGAUUGACGCUGGUGUGCUUGAUGGUGAUCUUGUUGUGGCUAUCCACGAUUUCAUGGCACAGAAGCCGUCCGAUUUAUCUUUCCAGCGUGGCGAUAUCAUUCGUGUGGUGCAUCGCACCAAUAAGUCUAAUGACUGGUGGUCCGGCGAGUUAGUGGCACAGUUUAGCGACGGUCCCAGCCGUAUUGGACAGUAUGUUUAA